AUGCGCAAAAACCGAGACCAGCCGAUCCAUGACAUGCCAGGGUUCGAUCUACUGAACGAGCGCCUUGUUAUGCAACACUUUAAGACACUGGACGACCUCUAUCAAUUCGCUGACAACUUCUUCGACGCGGAGAGGCUGAUCUUUCUGGCAAGACAGGACCCCGAGUUUGGCAGCUAUAGCUAUUACGCAGUUACGCUUGAGGCUUUCCUCAAGAG